CGACGGGACAGAAGUGACGGCUUAUAUAUGGAAAGAGCACGGUUCAUUCAACAUCACUUCACAGAAGCAGCAGUUCAGAAUAGACAAAAGGAGAGAUACGACUCGCUACGAGAGCCCGGUGCUAGGCCGUUAAUUUACUGACACAACUUCUAUUGAGGUCAUUUUCUCUGAUUUUGAGUGCAAACCAAAAAGCAACGAUGAAGCUGCUGUGGGUUGUAUUGCUGGUGACCGGCACUGUGUUUGCCGAUGACGACGACAAGAGGGAAAAUGUGGGGACUGUGGUUGGAAUCGACCUGGGUACCACCUACUCAUGCGUUGGAGUGUUCAAGAAUGGCCGUGUGGAGAUCAUCGCCAACGACCAGGGUAACCGCAUCACCCCCUCAUAUGUGGCCUUCACCAGCGAGGGCGAGCGUCUGAUCGGUGAUGCUGCCAAGAAUCAGCUGACCUCUAACCCCGAGAACACCGUCUUCGAUGCCAAGAGGCUGAUUGGCCGUGCCUGGAGUGACUCCUCUGUGCAGCAGGACCUCAAGUACUUCCCCUUCAAGGUAACCGAGAAGAAGAGCAAGCCCCAUAUCCAGGUUGACAUCGGUGGUGGCCAGAUGAAGACCUUUGCUCCCGAGGAGAUCUCUGCCAUGGUGCUGACUAAGAUGAAGGAGACUGCUGAAGCUUAUCUGGGCAAGAAGGUCACACAUGCCGUGGUCACUGUUCCCGCCUACUUCAAUGAUGCUCAGCGCCAGGCCACUAAGGAUGCUGGAACCAUUGCUGGUCUGAACGUCAUGAGAAUCAUCAAUGAGCCAACCGCUGCUGCCAUUGCUUAUGGCCUGGACAAGAGGGACGGCGAGAAGAACAUUCUUGUGUUCGAUCUGGGCGGUGGCACCUUCGAUGUCUCCCUCCUGACCAUUGACAAUGGUGUGUUCGAGGUGGUGGCCACCAAUGGUGACACUCAUCUGGGAGGUGAGGACUUCGACCAGCGCGUCAUGGAGCACUUCAUCAAGCUGUACAAGAAGAAGACCGGCAAGGACGUGCGCAAAGACAACCGCGCCGUGCAGAAGCUGCGUCGUGAGGUCGAGAAGGCAAAGAGGGCGCUGUCCGCCCAGCACCAGGCCCGAAUUGAGAUCGAGUCUUUCUUCGAGGGAGAGGACUUCUCUGAGACCCUGACCCGUGCCAAGUUUGAAGAGCUGAACAUGGACCUGUUCCGUUCCACCAUGAAGCCCGUCCAGAAAGUGUUGGAAGAUGCUGACCUGAAGAAGUCUGACAUUGAUGAGAUUGUCCUGGUUGGUGGCUCCACCCGUAUCCCCAAAAUCCAGCAGCUGGUGAAGGAGUUCUUCAAUGGCAAAGAGCCCUCUAGAGGCAUCAACCCUGAUGAGGCUGUGGCUUAUGGAGCUGCUGUGCAGGCUGGAGUGCUUUCUGGAGAAGAAGAUACCGGCGAUGUGGUGCUUCUGGAUGUGUGCCCCCUGACUCUUGGUAUUGAGACCGUUGGAGGAGUGAUGACCAAGCUGAUCCCCAGGAACACUGUGGUGCCCACCAAGAAGUCCCAGAUCUUUUCUACAGCUUCUGAUAACCAGCCUACUGUCACCAUUAAAGUCUAUGAAGGUGAGCGUCCCUUGACAAAGGACAACCAUCUGCUGGGUACCUUCGACUUGACCGGCAUCCCCCCUGCUCCUCGCGGCGUACCACAAAUUGAGGUCACAUUCGAGAUCGAUGUCAACGGUAUUCUGCGUGUCACUGCUGAGGACAAAGGCACCGGCAACAAGAACAAGAUCACAAUCACAAACGACCAGAACCGCCUGACUCCCGAGGACAUUGAGCGCAUGGUGAACGACGCCGAGCGCUUCGCCGAUGAAGACAAGAAGCUGAAGGAGAGGAUCGACGCCCGCAACGAGUUGGAGAGCUACGCCUACUCUCUGAAGAACCAGAUCGGCGAUAAGGAGAAGCUCGGCGGCAAGCUCUCAGAUGACGACAAGGAAACCAUUGAGAAGGCAGUGGAGGAGAAGAUUGAGUGGAUGGAGUCACAUCAAGAUGCUGAACUGGAAGACUUCCAGGCUAAGAAGAAGGAGCUGGAGGAAGUGGUUCAGCCAAUUAUCAGCAAGCUCUACGGCAGUGCAGGCGGACCACCACCAGAGGGCGCCGAGGGUGAACCUGAAGACAUGAAGGAUGAGUUGUAGGCAGGUUCAAUGUCUUCUGUCGCCCCUUGCCCCCCUGAUAGUGGCAUCUGUACAUAUUGAACUGAUGGGACUCAAAUAGUGAGAGGAGCGGUAGGGAAGGGGUGGCGAAAACAAGCAACCAUACUGAAUCUUCUGAAAGACUGUAAAAUAAGUUUCAGUGUGUGAGAGGUGUUCUCUUCGCUGGAAGGCGGAGAUAUUCGUCAGCCCGGAUAUGAGGCUUAUUGCUGCUGUUCUCAUGCAGACCUGAUGUGAUUCUGUAAAGGGGAGGGAUUUAGUGGGGUGGGUAGUGGGAGGGCAGGCAGACAGGCAGGUAUUUGUGGGUACAUUAAGUAGGGAGUCUGUGGGAUUAAGGGCUCUUUAUGUUCACAGGCAAUGCUAAAAGUUAUUUAUUGAAUCUGGACAUUGUACUUCUGGAAAGACAUUGAAAUAAAUGUUUGAUACAAACUGA